AUUACCAGAAAACUCAGAGGAGUCAACUCGUUUUCAGUCCAAGAAAAAGGGGAGAAAAUACGAGAAAAAACCCACAAGAAAAAGAGAAAGAAAUUGUUAAUCCUUAUAAAUACGGAUUAAGAAAUAAGGUGUAAUCAAAUUGGAAGAACCUUCCUCUCCCGUGUGUAGUAGCAGAAAAAAUACUGGUUGGCUUUGCUAAUCCACUUUUUCUGAGUAUUCAACUAAAUAAUACUAGUAUCUAUCUAUCUAUCUAUCUGUAAUUCCAAUUUUCUGUAACAAUCUGACGUCUGGUGAUUCUGAGCUUUUCAACUAUGUCGCAGACAAACUGGGAAGCCGAUAAAAUUUGCUCCUUGGGUGACAGGUUGGAUGUAUAUAUACAUGAUUACUUUGUAAAGAGGAAGUUACAUGCUUCUGCUAAAGCUUUUCAGCAAGAAGGAAAAGUAUCUACAGACCCUGUUGCAAUCGAUGCCCCUGGCGGGUUUCUGUUCGAGUGGUGGUCGGUAUUUUGGGAUAUAUUCAUUGCAAGGACUAAUGAAAAGCACUCAGAUGCUGCUGCUUCUUAUAUCGAGACACAAAUGUCCAAAGCAAGGGAACACCAACAAACGCAGCAACAAAAAUCACAGCAGUUCCAAAUGCAGCAAUUGGCGAUGCAAAGACAGGCGCAGGCACAAGCACAAGCACAACAACUGCAACAACAACAGCAGCAACCGCGGAGAGAUGGUGGCCAACUUCUGAAUGGUAAUGCCAAUGGAAUAACAAAUUCUGAUCCUCAUAUGAGACAAAACCCUGGAAGUGCAAACGCUAUGGCUGCAAAAAUGUACGAGGAUAAAUUAAAGCUGCCAAUUCAAAGAGAACCUUCAGAUGACAUGAAGCAAAGGUUUGGGGACAAUGUAGGACAUCUUCUGGAUCCAAAUCAUGCAUCAAUGCUGAAAUCCGUUGCAAUUGGUGGCCAGCAUCAAGGGCAAACCUUGCAUGGAACUCCUGGAAGUAUGACAGGGAAUCUUCAGCAGUUCCAUAAUCGGAGCCCACAACUUUCCCAUUCAGUACAAGAUAUGAAAUCUGAGAUGCAUCCCAUGAUUAAUGCUAGAGCCGGUGGUCCUCCUGGUUCAGAAGGGUCUUUGAUGGGCGUUCCUGGAUCAAAUCAAGGUGGUAACAGUUUGACGCUUAAAGGGUGGCCAUUGACAGGUUUUGAUCCGCUGCGGCCUGGGAUUCUUCCUCCACAAAAAUCUAUGAGUCAGUCACCCCAGCCUAUGCAGCAUCUUCCGAUGCAGCAGCAACUUCUCAUGCAAGCACAACAGAACGUAGCUUCCCCUUCUAUGGAUCUUGAGGCCAGAAGGAGAAUGAUUCUUAAUAACAGAAAUGUGAGUCUUGGGAAAGAUGGACAGCUAAGUACUGUAGGCGAAGUUGUCCCAAACGUCGGGUCACCGGCACAAGUUGGUUGUCCAGUUUUGCCUCGAGGGGACUCUGAUAUGCUAAUGAAGCAACAACUACCAAACAACAACCAACCUCAACAGCAGAAUUCUCAAAAUGCAGUCUCGGCCCAGUCACCUCAGAUUUCUAACCAGCUUAACCAGCCUGAUAAAAUGGGUUCUGCUAGCAUGACGAUGGAUGCUAGUAUGUCAAACUCAUUUCGGGGAAAUGACCAGGCCACAAAAAGUCAGGUAGGGAGGAAGAGAAAGCAGCAGCCAAAUUCUUCAGGUCCUGCAAAUAGCUCAGGUACUGCAAAUACUGCAGGCCCUUCCCCCAGUUCAGCACCCUCUACACCAUCGACACAUACACCAGGAGAUGUUAUGUCCAUGCCAAAUUUACCACACAGUGGCGGUUCCUCGAAGCCUUCUCUCGUGUUUGGCACUGAUAGCGUGGGCACACUUACAUCAGCCCCAAAUCAAAUGGCUGAUAUGAACCGCUUUGGCGAUGAAGCAGCUUUGGAUGACAAUGUCGAGUCAUUCCUAUCCCAUGAGGAGGUAGAUCCAAGGGAUGUCAUGGGUCGUGGUAUUGAAGUCAGCAAAGGUUUCACUUUCAAGGAUAUGGCUCUUAUUCAAGCUAGCACGAGCAAAGUCAACUGUUGUCACUUCUCCUCGGAUGGAAAGCUGCUUGCCACUGGUGGACAUGAUAAGAAGGCUGUGUUGUGGUACACUGAUACUCAAAAACCAAAGUCCACUCUCGAGGAACAUACUCAUAUGAUAACAGAUGUUCGGUUUAGUCCAACCAAGGCGCGGCUGGCAACUUCAUCGUUUGACAGAACUGUCAGGGUCUGGGAUGCUGAUAAUACUGGCUACUCGCUUCGGAAUUUCACUGGCCACUCUACCUCUGUUAUGUCAUUAGACUUCCAUCCAACCAACGAGGAUCUUAUUAUAUCUAACGAUUCGAAUGGGGAGAUACGGAUUUGGAGUAUCAACAAGGGUAGUUGUCCUAAGGUUCUAGAGGGGGGCACAGUUCAGGUCAGAUUUCAGCCUCGUACAGGAAAGUUGAUUGCUGCUGUGUCAGAGCUUGUUAUCAACAUAAUUGAUACAGAUAACUUCAGAGUUGUGGAGCAACUACAGGGUCACUCUCAAAAAUUUCAUUCAGCCUGCUGGGAUCCUUCUGGUGAACUUCUUGCCUGUGUAAGCGAGGACAUGGUCAGAGUUUGGAGUGUCGGUUCUGGCAGCAGCAAAUGGCGAUGCGUGCAUGAGCUUACUGGUACUGGCAACAAAUUCAACACCUGUGUUUUCCACCCUGUUUAUUCUUCUCUUCUCAUCAUAGGCUGUUACCAGAAUUUGGAACUCUGGAACAUGACAGAGAACAAGACAAUGACUUUGGUUGCUCACGAAGGACAGAUUACUUCAUUGGCUACAUCUAGUGUCACAGGUUUUGUUGCUUCUGCUAGCCACGACAAGUGUGUAAAGCUCUGGAAGUGAUUAGGGUUUCGCUUGCUUUUUAGAAGAACUAAUACGGAAGUAUUAUAAUACAGAGAAUAGACCGCAGCCUCUUGUUUAUGUAGAAACUCGUUCCUGGGAAUGUGUUUGAGACUAACGAUAGAAAAUCAUGUUUAUAUUCCUAUACUUAGAAUCAAACUGUCCUUUUGCUUAGCUGAGUAGGAUUGCCUAGAACAAAACAUAUGCUUGUUUCUGUUUCCAGUGCUAAUUCAGUAGCUGUAUGAUGAUACAUUUGUCUUUUCUUUUCUGAAAAAUGCAUCAGUUGUUAGUUAUACUGAGUUGCAGAAUAUUAUCUGAUCUUUCUAAAUUGUAAAUUGUUAGUGGAUUUAUUAUCAUACAAUUUUAAAGA